AUGGGGCGGGAGCAGAAACGGCGGCAGGAAGCGCGAAGAGUCAAGCAGCUUCUUGAGCGAGGCCAAGUGGAUCGCAGGUCGCUGACGGCGGAGGAGGCGCAGAAGUUGUUUGUAUGUAUUGACAGAGGCGAGGUCCAGCAAUUCGGGAUUGCUGCUUUGGCCGCUAUAGAACUUAACGGACAUUACGAAGCCCCUUGGUGCUGUGGUGUGCCCAAGAUGUCUUUGCUGGACUUUGCAGCUUGGCGUGGCCGGGACAGUUUCGUUUCUGCUUUGGUCGCUGCCAAUGCUGAUCCAACGGAGAAAGCCCUCGACGACGCGGCCAGCAUCAUGGCAAAGCUGCCCAGGUCCUAUGUCGCUUGGCUGGCGCGUGCCGCUGCCCUGUCCAGGCUAGCUGGCCAAGCUGCGUCUGUGCAUCUGUCUGGUGCGAACUGCAUCUGUAAAGACGGCAAUUCGCAGUUCGCAUCUCUGUGGGUCUUUUCGCCCUGUGCGCACCGCUGUUGUCCUCUGUGUCCUUGGCGCGCCUUUCGCGGGUUUGGCUAUGGACAAGUGCCGGAACUGCUGUGUCCUGUUUGCGGUGUAUCGUUCCAGGAUCCUGCUUUGAGUUUCGUGGGGCAGCGGCGGGGCAUCAUCAGGCACGGUCCUGCUGGUCCUCUUGCUGAACAUGUCCCUUGCAAGACUUGCGGCUGUCUCAAUGCACCUGGGUCGUGCUGCUGCAUCAACUGCAGCUUCGCGGUGAGUCAAGUGUCCUCCUUCACCCAGGAGCCAGAAGCAGAGUUGCAGAGUUUGGUUUUUUUCUUGCCAGAUUGGUUAAGAACACAUGGGCAGAAGACACUGCGACGGCGCCGAACUCUCAAGAAAUGGCAGGCCUUGCCGGACGAAAUACCAGAAGAUAUGGAAGAGCGCUUUGAACUGCAAGCUGCUCUGGAGGCCAGCAGGCCAAAACAUGGAAAUGCUGGAAGUUCGGAGUUUUGCCUUCCAGCAUUUUCUGCAAUUUUGACACUCUGCACACCCGUUUGGAGGCCCUUGCUAAAAUGCCUGGGUUACAGAGACGCGUCUCUUCGUUCGGCCAAGGCUAAGGCGAAGGCAAAGCGGCCGUUGGCCGGCGCCUUCCGUGCUCUGAGUCCCAGCGAGGUGGCUGCGGAAAAGCUCGGCGUCACACGGAAGAACCGCUCCGAGCGCUUCCGAGCAGCGGCCGAAGUCGGAGAUAUUCGACGAGUCCAAGCAAUGUUGGAUGCCGGGGUGGACAUCGAUUCGCCCAACGAGUACGGUCAGACGCCCCUCUUUUUGGCAGCCUUCGAAGGGCAUCGAGACGUGGUUGAGUUGCUUCUUUCCUGGGGCGCUGACCCGGCCAAGCCCUGCCAUGGUGGCGGCCUUCCGGCUCUCGCUCCCUCAGCCUCAGCCCUUCGGAUGCUGCCGUCGCCUAGGUGUCCGGUACUUCCGGUGAGACUGCCGUUGCCAGAGCACGUGGCUCAUCUCGGAGCCCUACACGUAGACGGCUUUUUCGAGGAAUGCUUUCUGACAUGGCUCCAGGAGCUCUGGAAGUCCCUUCCGCCUGCUCCUUUCGCACACGAGGGCGAUGCACCCGAUGAACCUCUAGCUGAGGAAUCCCAGCAAAAGAAAAUGGCGUGCUCCCGUUCAAAGGCUCGAGGCCGUGGAGUGGACCGAAGCCGUCAAGACUCUGCGCCGCAAAGAAGCUACUACUUCGACGCAGAUGGCCUCGUGACAGCGCAGCUUGCGGCAGCAGCGGAGUGCGCUGGUUUAGAGGCGGUACCACAGAUGCGCUUCCUGCACUAUGCUCGAGCCGGGGGCUCCUUGCCACCACACACGGAUCUUUCGAGGCGUGAUUGGCACACCGGGCAGCGGACGAGCCAUACCUUCAUUUUGUACCUUGAGGGGGCUGCGGAGGAGGGAGGUGGCGAAACAGUCUUGCUGGAGAGUCUGUCCGGUGGCCCUCUCGCCGAAGUGAGCCCCGUUCGUGGAAGGCUCCUGAUCUUUCCCCACGACUGUGCACACAAGGCAAUGCCUGUCGUGCAGCCAAAGCUCCUGCUUCGGGGCGAGAUGAGAAUCAAGACAUCAAUUGAAGCACAUCGUUUCAACAAUCAGCUGCUACUUGUUGUCGCCAUGCCCCGUGGACCGGGAAAGAGGAGCAACUACAAUUUGGACUACUCGCGCUUCAAUGGAGUCGAAAACCAAGACCAGGAGCGAUGCGUCGACGAGGCUUCAACUGACGGGGCGGAAGACUUUGCAGUCGCGCUCCGCAACAUGCCGCCGGAGCUUCAAGAAGCCUACCGGCUCACCAUGAUCAGCCGUUCAACUGGUGAUGAAGCUGCUCAGAAGAGAGCGAACGAGCUCGUCCUUCAGGCAGUCGACAAAGGAGGUCCACAAGUGCGCGAAACAUUCAUGAAGGAGAUCUCGGGACAUUUGCCGGAGGGGACGCUCCGAGGGAUGGACGACUCGCAGUUCCCUCAGAACUCGAUGUGUCGAACUCUGUCAACAUUCCGACCUGCAUGCUCCUGUGACGCAUACAUGGCUCUGCCAGCUCCAUCUGCAGUGAAAGCAGGGUCAGGGUCAGCAUGCUCUUCCACGUGCCCUCCGCGUCCUUUCUCCUUCGCGCAAGUUAGGGCACCCGGUCCAGACCAUCGCUUGAGCCGAAUCAGACCAGACGCCAUCGCAGGAGGCCGAGGAGGCCCGCAUGUCGAAGCUUCCAUGCACGAGCCUUGGGUGCUUGGAGGAGCUGCGCUUGGCGGGUGCGGGUUGAUAGCUCGCUCAGCCAAGAGACGAGGAUUGCGAAGGGCGGCUCUUCCAGACUUGCUGCAGUCAACUUUGGGGAAAAGGGAGUUGAAGCGGGUGAUCAGCUGGACGUUGGCGCAGCGAGGACGACAGGAGACCAAGGACAUGCUCGACAACAUGAAGACGCUCGGUUUUUCCUGGGCGACACGAGCCGGCAUCUCACUAGGCGUCGACGAUAUGAGCGUCCCAGCCGAAAAAGCUGCGCUUUGCGAUGGCUCGCAGCAGCGACAGCUGCAGGCGGAGGCGAAAUAUCGGAAUGGGGAGAUGACGGUCGUUGAGAAGUUCUUGAACGUCACAGAAGAAUGGACGAGAACGAGCGAGCAAGUGAAGAACGAAGCGGUGUCCAACUUCAAGGAAAACGAUCCCAAUAAUCCAGUCUACAUGAUGUCGACUAGUGGUGCGCGAGGAAACAUUUCGCAGGUUCGACAGUUGGUGGCUAUGCGUGGACUCAUGGCAGAUGCCAAAGGCCAGUUGAUUGAUGUGCCGAUCCAGCACUGCCUGCGUGAAGGGAUGACCGUCACUGACAUGCUGAUCUCAGGCCAUGGCGCUCGAAAGGGAGUCAUCGACACUGCCUUGAGAACGGCCAAUUCCGGAUAUCUAUACCGACGGUUGGAUUUCACUGGCUCACCAGUUGUUGUGCGUGCAGAGGACUGCGGCACCGAGGAUUCCAUUCCAAUGGAACUGAAAGGAAUGCGCGAUUCGGUGGCUUCCUUUAAAGACCGGAUACGCGGGCGCGUGCUGGGCAAACCCGUGUUCCAUCCAGAAUCAAAGGAAGUCCUCUUUGAUGCAGGGCACAUGCUUACUGCCGACGAGGCUGGAGACAUUGAGACGCUGUGGAAGUCACUGGCUGAAACAGUUGAAGUGCCGCCCGUCCAUGUCCGUUCACCACUGGGGUGCCGUCUUCAUGACGGGAUUUGCGCGAAGUGCUACGGUGAAGACCUUUCAACUCCAGGGGAGUUGGUUGGUGUCGGGCAUCCAUCUGGCACGAUCGCAGCGCAAAGCAUGGGCGAACCUGGCACUCAGCUCACAAUGCGAACAUUCCACACCGGAGGAGCGUUUGAAGGCUCGGCUGGUGAAGGUGUCGUUGCAAAGCAUGCUGGACACGUUCGAUUGCAGAGCUCCGACGGCGAGAUCUCAAAAGACGAUGUCUCGCGCAAGGUCAGAUCUGUCAGCGAGUGGAGACGGUCUCCUCAAGGUGAGGUUGGCUGUGUGUUGGCGAAGGCUGCAACUUUGCAGAUCACCGACGGCAGCCACGUCUUGCAGACGGAGAAUCUGGAAGCUGGCACGUAUGUCAAAGUUCUCGACGGCGCUUCAGUGAGUUUUGGACAAGUUCUGUACCAGAAGCCUGUCAAAUCCUCACCCAGCACAGAUGAGGAUGACAUCGAGACUUUGGACAAGCCCAUUAAUUCCGACCAGGACGGAGAGAUUCUGGUGCAACCUGCGGAUACUCUUGGCAGCUGCAUCGACGAAGGGGGGAAGCUGGUUUGGGUGCUGCAAGGCUCUGCCGUGGACUUUGAGCACGAAGGUUCAACUUUAGCAGUGAAAGAGGGUGAUGCUGUUGAACCUGGGCAACCUCUUGCGCAAGAAUGGGCGGCAACCAAAUGUGCAGGCGUUCCACGCUUUCAGGAGCCACCGCGAUCUGCUGACAAGGAUGCCGUAUCUUUGCGCACAGACUUCGACUUCUUUGAGCUUGCGGCAGACCGGACUACUGAGUACCACAAAGACGUUGAGAUACCUCCAUCUUUGUUAGAGGAGCCUCGGAAUCUCCCGUCAGUGAGGCCCUAUCUGAGACAGGCAGUCUCGCGAGCCUUGGACAAGGCAGAUGACAUCCGCAGUGCGAAACCCGCAGCUCCCACAUCUUCGAGCGUCUUUACGCAGGUUUGGACGGAUGAUGCAGCGCCAAAGCUGCGCAUACUAUGCAGCCCUCCAUCCCUUGAAGCAGGUGCUUCCAUCUUCCCAACGAGCCGAAACCUCACAGAUGACUGCGUGGUACCGAGCGGUGGCCUCGUCCUUCACGUGAUCUGGGAAGGCAAGAAGACGAUUCUAUGGGCACCUGAAGAGAGCAUCCCACUCCUCAACGAAAAGAAACGACAGGCCAGCGAGGACAAAGGGCAGGUCAAGCUUGGGAGGCCGCUCCUCUUCAAACGCACAGCUCGGACAACUAUUGUACAACCAGAUGAACAUGAAAGCCAAAGUGAUGUUUUCGUUCACCGCUGCAAAGAUCGGGUGUACUACUCCAUAGAUAUUUCGAGUCUGGAUAUUGAUGCAGAUGCCUCUUGGGAGUGUGCCAUCAAGCCGGGCGAAGUCUUCUUGGCUCCCAGCAAGUACUUUGCAGAAGGGUUUUGGUGGGAUGCUGCAGAGGAUGACGGAGUGUACCUACACUCGAGGGCCGUACCCCCGAAUCAUGCAGUCAUACCGGAGCUGCCCACGACCAAGAUUGGUUCGGACUGGAUGAUAGCGGAAAUUCUGGAUGAUCCGCGUGCUGCUGAUUCGGUGCGAGUUUUGCUACGCCGUACAAAAUCGGUCAAGCUGCCACCGGCUCGUUGCCCGGUACCGUCUGAGUCCCACACUAUGACGUUCUGGACCCCUCUUCGGGGCAAUGGUGUUGUGGAGUCCGCCGGACCAUUGGUGUUGGCUCACGAGGUCUCUGCAAGUGUCGGCAGGCAUUACCGAGACACGCAUUGCACAAGCAUUGUCCCAACACGGCCUGCCGACGGGACCAGUGUCCCUCCAAGGGCCUUCUUGAACGGAACGUCACUGGAUGUUGCCAGCGAAUGGGGUCCAAGCAGUCUCUGCGUCGUGCAACAUUCUCCUCUGGGGACACCAAGAGCUGCCGUGGCCAACAGUUCUUGGCAAGAAGCCAUGCCAAGAUAUAUCUCUUGCGAUGAGUCGGAACAUCUCAUCGCACGUCGGACCUUGCCAUCGAAAGCCAGCGGAAUCGUUUGCAGAGCGAAGGAAGGAACUCGGAGGCUUACAGCUGUGGUCCUCAACGACCAGGACUUGCUGAGAGUUCCAUGCCACGCACAGCCGUCAGUCCGCUUGGGAGAUUUGGUUCGGCAGCACGAUCGGCUAAGCUCGAAGGACGUGUCUCCUGCAGCAGGCCAGGUCGUUUCUGUGCAAACCGCGAGCGAUGGAGGUGCCGUUGCCCUCGUCUUCUUGCGCAGGGCCAGCUCUUACCUCGUCACCAACAAGGGCUCCGUCCUUGUACGUGAUGGAAACGUUGUCCAAAUGGGAGACUGCUUGGCAACGGAGCCCCUGGCUGUGCCUCGGACUUCAGACAUUGUUCAAGGCCUUCCUCGUAUCGACAGGCUCUUCGAGGCUGCGAAUGGGCAACUGCAAGCGCGGUUGGACAGGAUCUUCGAAGAGGAGGCAGCCCAACGUAGCAGCUUAGACGCCGCAUAUGCAGCUCGCCGAAGGUUCGAACAGGAGCUCUUGGCGGAAAUCCAGUCCGCUUAUGGAGAGCAGGGUGUGGACAUCAGCAGCAAACACAUCGAGGCGCCAGUGCAAGUAUUUUCGUGA